AUGACGGACGGCAUGCUUGGCGACAUUAUCUCAGCCAUCCAAGCAUGCCAUGGUGAUGAACAAUGGGCAGCGACCGGGCCGUGCACCCAGCGGCGGGAUCAAUAUCCCAAGCAUGAUCGACGGCAUUAUCUCGCUGAUGAAGAAUGGGAAAAGGCUAAGGAGAUUUGUGAAAGAUUGAAGAUGUUUCACAGUGUGACCGAGUUGUUUUUAGCGACCAAGUAUCCUACAGCAAACCUAUAUUUUCCUAAGAUUUGUCAGAUUAGCAUUGCUUUGGCAAAUUGUGUUAGUUGUGGGAUUGACUAUAUUGAAUUAAUGGCAUUGAGAAUGAAGUCAAAAUUUGAAAAGUAUUGGAACAAAAUUCAUGGUAUUAUAGGUGUGACAAUGGUUUUGGACCCCAGAUUCAAGUUGAUGUUGUUCGAAAUAUAUUUUCCCAUUAUAUAUGGUGAGAAUAAAGCAAAAGAUGAAAUUCAAAAAAUUCGAACUCUUUGUUAUGAUUUGGUGGGAGAAUAUUCUUCUAAAGCAAAUUUGAAUGAAUCUAGUGGGUUUAUGGAUAAUUCUUCACAACUAUUGGCCAAUGAUGAUGAUGAUGCAGAAUUUAUCAAUAAUUAUCAAUUGUUUGUUGCUUUUCUUGGGUGUCAAAUGGAGAAUGUGAAGUCAGAGUUGGACAAUUAUUUGGAAGAGUCUAUAUUGCCAAUGAAAGCCGAUUUCGAUAUUUUGAGUUGGUGGAAAAAUGCAUUGAAGUAUCCUACUUUACAAUUAAUUGCGAGAGGUAUUUUGGCAAUUACUGUGUCUACCGUGGCUUCAUAA